UGGACCGCCGCAUGGAACUGGCGCGCCUGCAGCAAGCCGCCAGGGACGCUCGGAGGGAUGCCUCGAAUCGAUCACGAGAUCAAGCCCGUCUAGAAAGAUCGGAAAAGGCAGAGUUAGCGAAACGUGAAAAGGAGGCGAGAAGUCAACAGUUAUUGGAGCAUAUCAACAAGAAUCGAACGCAGUUGACGAUCGAGCCCGUCCCUACGGUAGCAAAAACCGGUAUCGACGAAUGGAAAACCCCCGAAAUAGUGAUGGGACCAGCCACAAAGACGAGCAAAGAGCGAAUCAUACCACCAAUAAGCCUUUCACUUAUCCCAGUCACUGGGCCAAAAGACCAAAACUCCCCAAUAAAAACGUUAAAAUUCGACCAAUCAGGAUGGAAAGAGGAAUAUAACGCCUUAGACAAAAUGAAAGACUUCGCUGAAAAAGCCGCUUUUGAUCUACCAAAGCGGAAAGAUAAAAAUUUCGACUUCACCCUUGUAAAGUCAGCGGAAAAGCGCUCGAAAGCGCCAGAGAAAACCAAUAACUUAGAGAAACUUAUUGAAUCGUAUUCUAGAAUCACUGAAUUCAUAAACGGUUGUGAUUGGUCGCAAAUACAAGGGGACAAAAAGACUGAGGACCCUAAGGCUAUAGAACAGAAAUAUCUGAACGCGAAAAACGAAUUCAUGUCACAGAAUCUAAUGUUAAUGCCUAAAGAGAGUCCUAAAUCAGUCCUAAAAGAGGUCAUCGACCUCAGCGAGGACGAUGACAUUCUGACAGAUAUAAUGUCAAAGAAAAUAAACAAAGGAACGUUUAGUGUGGGGAAAGACGGGGCUUUAUCGAUAUCGGUACAUCCCUUGAGCAAGGAAACGAUGACAUCGGCAAAAAGAAGGAAACACGAAGAAAUCGAGAAACAGAAGAUAGAAGAACAGGCCAAACGACAACAGGAGAGAGAAAUAAAGCGGCAACAAGCCAUACUGCUUAAAGAACAGCAAAAGUAUAUAACCGAGGAAAGGGAGCGCAGACGUCAGCACACUUCCUUCAUACGUCAGCUGGACUCCCGUAGGAGAUGGGAGGAGAGGGAAAGGAGAAAGCAUCAGAACCUGCUGGACAGGCUGCUGGUGAAAGAGAGGAAGUUACAACAGAGAAGGAGGGAAAUGGAACUGCUUUCUGAAUUGAGACGGCCUCAAGAAGACUCCUCGCUCUCCGACCAGAAGCCGCUUCCGACACUACCCCGUAUACCUGGCUUGAAGCUCCCCGCGCAGGCCAUGGCUGACUUGCUGCAGGCCUACGAGUUCACAUACACUUUCGGUGAAGCUCUUGGAUUUGACAUGGAAACCAUGCCAACACUGAACACGCUACAAAUGGGUAUACUCGGCGACUGCAGCGAAGAAACUGAGGAAGAAUUCGUUCAAGUUGUCUCACAAUUACUCAUCAUUGCCGUGGAGGACCCGGGUAUUCCACACCCGGGCAGACACACGACGUUACUAGGCCACGCUAUCCGUAUGGGUGACAUCACACACCAGAACUUUAGUGAGGUGCUCAGGAUAUAUCUUUACGCCAACGCAACUGGAGAGGUGAAAGCUUUGACAGGUUUAACAGCAGAAAGAGAGAGAGAGCGUCGCGUAGCGGACCACCACCAGACGGAAGCGGAAAUGCAGCAUACUUGCGCAAACUCUAAAAACUCCGCCUAUUAUGAACAUCUACACAAUAAUGCUACAUAUAAACUGUCCGAGGAGCUUCGUGACAAAACGUUUACGGCUCUGAACGCAACCACGAAAGCACGCAUAUUCGCGUACAUAUGCGACGAGUUACUACAGAAUAAGACGGUGCUCAGCAAAAUAGAUUCUUCACUCGAACAUCUCACACAGCUGCGCAAAGAGAGAUACCUCAUGGAUAUGAAGAUUCGGAAGGUCCGAGUUCUACAAGCCCGCAAAGCGCGCGCGGAACAAGCAGAGAGGUCGCAGGCGCUCGCGUUGGAGCGCAUGCAGAGACUGGUCGAUGAUUCCACCAGGACUACAACGCCACCGCUACAUGAUGAUGAAAACCAACAAACUCCUGAAAAGGACGAAACACCGAAAAAAGACAAGGAGUCCUCUCCACACCCCGAGAGCGAGACAGACAAACAUUCAGAACCGUCUCCCUAUAAGGAACCGCCUCCCACUGAAGAGAGCGACAAGGAAUUAUCGCCGUUAAAAGAUCUUUCCAACAAUAUGAAGAACAAAGAGAUGAUGAACAACAAUAAGGACGAAUGUUCCCUGGCUGAUAACUCUAAGAUAGAUAAGGAUAGCAUGAUUGGGGAUUGUGAUGCGAAUUUGAGUGAUUUGGAGAGUGAAGGGACGCAACCUGAGGAGGAUGAAGACAAGAACCUAUCUUCGGAGGAACUAGCUCGCAAGCUGGACAAGCUGCUGAAGCAGUCCGAACAACAGCUGUUGCAGCUUACUGCAGCUUCACAUGCACUCAGGGCCACUUGCUUCGGACAGGACAGAUAUUGGCGUCGUUACUGGUCUCUGGGUAAAUGCGGUGGUAUAUUCGUGGAAGGUAUGGAGUCUGCACAGCCGGAGAUCAUGGCUUACCAUCAGCAAUUGGAAAAUAACGCGCUCAACGGCAGCUGUCCGACUGAUGGGAACAAGAAGAAGAAGAAAGGUACUCGAGAAAAGAAAGAAUCGCCAACUUCUGACGCAGAGAAGCGUGAUCCAGAGACAGAAGCGCAGAAGAAGGAAGAAGCUCUAAAGAGUGAGAUGGAACUGAAAAGUAUUAAAUCGGAAUUGAACCUGAGUGACCACACACAGAUUAUCAAAUACGAGCCGAAUGUUAAACACGGCGCUUGUAAAGUUGAAGGUUCGUCAAUAAAAAUGGAAGAAAAAUACAUUCAACAGAAGAACAACGACGAACAGGACAUGCUAGACAUUGAGGAUUCAAUACCAACCGCAUUCUUGGUGCAGAAACCCACUCACAAACCAAUGUUCGCGGCCCAAGCUGAACAGAUGGAUAAACCCCAAGAAAUCGUCAAAGUAGAGAACGUAGUCAAAAACGAAAAUGAGAAUGAGACCGCAGAAGAAUCGAAAGACUCUCUUGUUAAUAACUUAGAAGAAUUAAGAAAAAUGGCCGAAGCCGUCUCCAUACAACUCGACGCGGCGAAAAAAGAACAAGAAAUUAAAGAAGAGAAAGAGAAAGUAAAAAAAGAGGCCCAAGAUCCUAAUUCGGCGCAUCUACAAUUGUACUCGAAGAUGCUAGAUGGGAAAUGGUUCUCAAUAUUACGGCACGAGAGUUCUUUUUUGAAUAACAUUAACGAUGAGAAACAGGAUUUGCCUGAGUUUUGCGAUAAUGAACAUACGUGUUCGGAGAUCAUUAUGUGUCAAGGCCAUAAGUGGGAUGUGUCGAACAAUUUGCAUUUAUUAAACGAUCCAAGUCUCUUUACUCUUAAUAGUAUGGUGACCAGUGUACAAGUCCCUUCGAACAAUGUUUAUGCGGAUUCCAGCCUUACGAUGUCUGGUCUAGACCAAGAUUUGAUUGAUAAUAGCUUCAACAAAGAUGGCGGCGUACAAGAGGCUGAAGUUGAAGAGGAUAAUAAGGAACAGGACAACGACUUAGAAAAGGAAUUGCAAGCGGAUGCCUUAAAGCAGGACAUGUUAACACAAAAGGCUAAAGCCAAUAGCCUAAAUAGCCUCGGUCUAUUGAACUUCAAUGCGUUGUCAACGUACGUGACUUGCGAUAGCCCGCCCCCCAUACAGAUGUCUGCUGAGGAAUUGGAUCAGUUGGAAUACUGUAAGGUGCAUGGACUACCCAAGAAGAUUGAAGGAAAUUAUGUACCCAAGGAACUGAGACACGGAUGGUGGCGCAUCACGUCCGCGGAGCAGGUGUCGGCGCUGCUGGGGGCGCUGCACCCGCGCGGCGUCCGCGAGCGGGAACUGCAUGCAGCGCUGCUCGCGCAACUACCUCUGCUCAACAACAAGCCGUACAUAGACAAGGGUGACAUUAUAGCCACAGAGCUGUGCGUGUCGCAUCUAGACCGUGUCAUUGCAAUGAACGGAGGGUAUGCGACGGACACCAGUUUCUCCGCCGCCACGCAACGGAAAGUCGACAUGCAGUUGCUGAGUAUGGUGGAACAACUAGAAGAACGAGUGGCGGCGGCGUCGAUGCAGGUGAAGGGAUGGCGGCCGACGCGGGCGACGGCCGACGCCGCGCCCAGCGAGCCCGUCGCUCGCGCCAAGCACAAGCUACAGGUCUUGGAGGCCCACAUCGAACGGAGGUACCUCAAACCUCCGUUCGUGCAAAGGUACGCUAGUACGACGGAGGCUACAUUAGGCGCAGUUUUACAAGCUGAGCAUGGCAACGCGUCCGCACCUUCGCCGCAGAACGCUGAUGGAGGGAGCGAGGGGAAAGUGGACAACAAAGGAAUAGCUCGUGGUCUAGCCAACUGGCGCGAAGCACUGAGUCGCUGUACCACAUCAGCUCAACUAGCCAUGAUGCUGCAGGCCUUGGAAGCAGCCAUAGCCUGGGACAAGAGCAUCAUGAAGGCGAAUUGUCAGUUCUGUCUUUGCGGUGACAAUGAGGACCAACUUCUGUUGUGCGAUGGGUGCGACAAAGGAUAUCACACUUACUGCUUCAAGCCAAGCAUGGAUAAAAUACCUGACGGAGACUGGUACUGCUGGGAGUGCAUCAACAAGGCGCGCGGCGAGCGAGUCUGCAUCGUCUGCGGCGGACGCGCCCACGGCGCCGCGCGGACCAUACCCUGCGCACUCUGCGCGCGCGCAUACCAUCAGGACUGCCACUACCCCCCGCUACUCAAGGUACCACUAUACUACUGCGGACCAUCCCCUGCGCACUCUGCGCGCGCGCAUACCAUCAGGACUGCCACUACCCCCCGCUACUCAAGGUACCACUAUACUACUGCGGACCAUACCCUGCGCACUCUGCGCGCGCGCAUACCAUCAGGACUGCCACUACCCCCCGCUACUCAAGGUACCACUAUACUACUGCGGACCAUCCCCUGCGCACUCUGCGCGCGCGCAUACCAUCAGGACUGCCACUACCCCCCGCUACUCAAGGUACCACUAUACUACUGCGGACCAUACCCUGCGCACUCUGCGCGCGCGCAUACCAUCAGGACUGCCACUACCCCCCGCUACUCAAGGUACCACUAUACUACUGCGGACCAUCCCCUGCGCACUCUGCGCGCGCGCAUACCAUCAGGACUGCCACUACCCCCCGCUACUCAAGGUACCACUAUACUACUGCGGACCAUACCCUGCGCACUCUGCGCGCGCGCAUACCAUCAGGACUGCCACUACCCCCCGCUACUCAAGGUACCACUAUACUACUGCGGACCAUACCCUGCGCACUCUGCGCGCGCGCAUACCAUCAGGACUGCCACUACCCCCCGCUACUCAAGGUACCACUAUACUACUGCGGACCAUACCCUGCGCACUCUGCGCGCGCGCAUACCAUCAGGACUGCCACUACCCCCCGCUACUCAAGGUACCACUAUACUACUGCGGACCAUCCCCUGCGCACUCUGCGCGCGCGCAUACCAUCAGGACUGCCACUACCCCCCGCUACUCAAGAAUCCCCGUGGCAAAUGGUACUGCUCUCAAUGCAUAUCCAAAGCCCCGCCCAAGAAACCGCGCAACACUAAGAAACGCGACGCCAAGCAUAGAGACCUGAACACUAGUCUAGAUAUAGACCAGAAUAUGGUGCCUAGCCCGGCCGCGUCCCACGCGUCGACAUCGACGACGGCGGAGGAAUGUUCCGGCAGCGCUCUACACACGCCGGAGAAACAUGAUGACAAAUUGGAAGAUACCAUACAGGAUAAUGAGAAUGGAAUCAACCAUGCUGGCGAGCUGAGUUCAGAAGAGGGUCCUCCGGAGAAGCGUCGCGCCGUGCACUACGUCGGCGGGAACGGGGCGCUGCAACACGACGAUACAGACGCGCAUAUUGACGGUGAGGAUCGAGACACAGAAAAUGUACCGUUGAUGUCACGCGCCAAGAAGGAGAAGAAUUCUGCUAAGAAACUUCUCAAAGAUCUACAGUUCUGCAAGAACUUGCUAUGCGAGAUGGAGUGCCACGAGCACGCGUGGCCGUUCCUCCUCCCCGUGAACACGAAACAGUUCCCUCAGUACAAGAAGGUCAUCAAAUGCCCCAUGGACCUCUCCACAAUCAAGAGGAAACUCCAAGAUAAUAUUUAUAAAUGUAAAGAAGAAUUUGCGUCCGACGUCCGCCUCAUGUUCAGCAAUUGUGAAGUUUUCAAUGAAGACGACAGCCCAGUGGGCAGGGCUGGACACAAUAUGAGACAGUUCUUCGAUGACCGCUGGGCACAGAUCUGAUCCCAAGCCCACCAGUGGGAAGAUGAAGGCACCACUCACUAGGUAACUCACAUAGACUUCGAUAUAAUGACCGAAAAACAUUUUUUUCCGUCAUAAAUGUUGACAACUGAUAUAAUUGCGCCAUUUUCUCUAGAAUCAAGGGAAAAUUGUGUUUAUGAUAAUUAAAAUAAAUGAAAGUCAGUAACAAAAUGACUAGGAAUCGACAUGACAAUUAUAUUGUAUCAAAAUGCC